UAUCUCCCCCCUAUCUCUCUGCCUCGCCCACGUCUUGCCUCUCCCAUUCAAACCCGCGUCAGGUCGCCGCCGCCGCUCCCCUCGAUCCAUCGGCCGCGCCUAAUCCCGCGGGAUCCGCCCCCACCGGCGCGGUAGAGAUUCACCAUGCAGGCCAUGGAGGAUGGCUGCAUGGCUCCGGGAGGCGGGGAAUGCCGGCGCUCCACAGCCAUGGCGGCUCGGCCUCCUGGGAAGAACAAACGAGGGAGAGAGAGGAGGUGAGUUGGAGAGAAGGCACGCCUCCGGGAGGCGGGGAACGCCGGCGCUCCACGGCCAUGGCGGCUCGGCCUCCUGGGAAGAACAGACGAGGGAGAGAAAGGAGGUGAGUUGGAGAGAAGAGAAGCAGAGCAGGGCAACACGGAUUCCUUCUUCUGGUCCGGCGGCGGCUCCGGUCGGCUGAUCCAGGCGUUGGUGCAGGAGAAGAUGCGCGACUGGAAAGUGAAGCUGGGCUCGUUGGGGAUAAAUUGCUUGGAGAUGACUGGUGAUAGCGAAUACUGCAAAGGCCAUACAUGAUUCCAAUUUGAUCCUCACCACUCCUGAGCAACAUUUGCGUGCAGAAGCUUGAUUCUAUGAGUCAUAAUGGAAUAAGGGAUGGAAGAUUGGGUUUCUUCAGUGAUAUUGCUCUGGUCCUUAUUGAUGAAGUUUAUCUUCUCAAUGAUCCACGUGGAGCUGCCCUGGAAGCAGUGGCCAGUAGAAUAAAAAUGCUUUCUCGACCUGGCAACAUGAAAUCUGCUCCAUUGGCAAAUGUUUGAUUCAUAGCAGUUCCUGCAACUAUCCCUAAGGCUGAGGAUAUAGGUUAGUAAAAACGUGAAUUAGAUUGACCAUUUCCAAAAACACUGGUGUCAUUCAGCCCAUGGAUAACCACUGUUGCUGCUGGAGUUGAUGACUGCAGAUACAAGAAUCAUUUGAUACUAGGAAAUGGAAAGCGUAUUGCUGGACUUGGAGUAUCACCUGCAACACAUGGAAAUAAAUCGUUUGGCCUGAUUUCUGCUACCGAUGCUCUUGUGGGUUCAUCUUCAACCAUGUACAGUACGCUAGAUUGUCAAAGGCCAGAACUCUUAAAUAAGAGGAAAGUUCAAGGGAAAAUUCUGUUGUGUGGCUAUUCUUUUAAUUAUAUUUCUGGGACAGCUUCAAUCAAGAAAGUGUCUCAAACAGCCAAGAGUCUAGGUGCAGCUGGCUUUGUUGUUGCUGUAGAAGAUAGUUACCCAGGGACAAAGUUUGAUCAUGUGCCUGUCAAUAUUCCUGAGAUUCUCAUCACAAAUGUCAGCAAAAUAAAGGAUCUUAUAGACUAUUACAACUCUUCUACAACAAGAGACUGGGCUGGACGGGCUACAACGUUCCAAGCAACAGUUGGUAUCGCAGAUGGUUUGGCACCAACACUAUUCAAUUCAGCUCCCGAGGUCGCGUUGUUCUCUUCCCGAGGGCUUGAUGUAAAAUAUUUUAGCUUUCAAGAUGUUGAUGUUCUUAAACCUGAUAUACUCGCUCCUGGCAAUCUUAUAUGGUCCGCGUGGGCGCCUAAUGGAAUAGAUGAAGCAAACUACGCCGGUUAUGCUUCAGCGAAAAAUGACUUCCUCUUCAAGAGAAGGCUACAAAGUUUCAUUUUCGAUAUACUGAUGCAACACUCAAGAGGGAAGUCUGCACUUAUUUUCUGUUCUACAAGAAAAGGUGCACAAGAAGCAGCACAGUGCCUCUCACAAACUACAGGGUCUCUUGGCUAUUCAAAUCCAUUCAUGAAAUCUAUGCAGCAUUGGUUUCAUAAUGGUGGUCUUUGCUUAAAGGAUCGGAGACUUGUUGAGGGGCUUUUCCUGAAGGGUGAUCUUCAAAUUCUAUGCAUGACAAAUACUUUGGCACGGCAUCAACUUACCUUCACAUAUAGUAGUGAUGAAGUCGACACAAUUUUUGUGAGAACUUUUUUUAAUGUGAAAGCAUUUCUACCAACUUUUUUUAAUGUGAAAGCAUUUCUACCUAGCCUCUGAUCUUUUUUAUGAUAUUUUCUGAUUUGUAUACAUUUUGUAGCAACAAAGAGAAGGGAUCUUAUGUAGAAUAUGAGAGACCCAUGGUUCUUCAGGUGUGCUACUAUAAAUUUAUUGACUUGUAUGAGUUUUGAUUAAGAACGUACUGGUAUAAAUUAUUAUUGACUUGCUUA